AUGAGCUCGGAACUCGGUGCUCAAGCAAGCAAAAACAAAUAUUUGGACUCCAUGUUUGCUACAAAGGGAGAACACGUCGAUCCUUGUCACGAGAAUGGGAAGCCUAAACGAUGUAUUCCAGACUUUGUCAAUGCUGCUUUCGGCAAACGGGUGGUCGCUUCCAGCACCUGCGGAGCGGAGCCAGAGAAUUACUGUAAAUCUUCUACGGACAAGAACGGUGAAAUUAUCAGGCACUGCUUUGUUUGUGAUGCAAGCAACCCCAAGUACAGCUUCCCACCCGAGUACCUGACUGACCUCAACAACCCCAGCAACUUGACCUGCUGGAUGUCCAAGACAUACAGUGCCGUCCAGUACCCAUCCAACGUCACUCUCUCCUUGAGCCUGGACAAGAAAUUUGAGCUCACCUACAUCAGGUAA